UGCUGGUUUGUACAGACUCGGGGCCUUGGCAGCAGAGCAGCAGAAUUUCGGGAUUUUUCUUUUUCCGCUCGCAGCGACAAGAACAGAACAGAACCGAACAGGGAGUGAGGCAGAGGGCAGUAGGAGGAGGAGGGUGGGGAUAGGAAAGAGGUGGGGUUAGCACCUGGAGGUGGAAUUAUUCCUGAGCUGCAGCAGCUUCUAGGGAGGAUUGGAGUGUGGCGUGAGUAGGCCGGCCGGUCGAGGGUUGAAAAUGGCAGAUGUGGAGAAACCGUCUCCAGUUGCCGAACCAGCAGCGAGCGUGGAUAUGGAGAAGCAAGAACUCGAAGAAGGAGAAAUCGUGAGCACGGAGCCGACGACUCCCGCCCCAGAGCAUUCUCUGGAGAACAAGCACCCGUUGGAGCAUGGGUGGACGUUUUGGUUCGAUAAUCCCAAUGGAAAAUCGAAGCAGGCGACGUGGGGGAGCUCUCUGCGACCCGUUUACACAUUCAAGACCGUCGAGGACUUUUGGUGCUUGUACAACAAUGUUCUUCAACCGAGUCAUUUGAUCGCCGGAGCCGACUUCCAUUGCUUCAAGGAUGGAAUUGAGCCUAAAUGGGAGGACCCAAGGUGUGCACAAGGAGGAAAAUGGAGCACGAGUACUCCGAGGGGCAACAACAACAAGGCUACCCUUGACCAAUUUUGGCUACACACGCUUCUAGCCAUGAUCGGUGAACAGUUUGAUGAGUACGAUGAAGUUUGUGGCGCUGUCGUGAGCGUGCGAACUCGCCAGGACAAGAUUGCCUUGUGGACGAAAACUGCCUCUAAUGAAGCAGCUCAGACGAGUAUCGGAAAGCAGUGGAAGUCCGUACUGGACAUCAGCGACAAGAUAGGUUACCUUGUCCAUGAGGAUGCUAGGAGGUUGGACAAAGGUGCUAAGAACAAGUACACGGUGUAAGAGAUUGUUUCAUGUAGUCAACAUAUAGAUUAUCCUGACCACUUUUAACAAUUAUAUACUACGUUUCCACAAUUAAACUUUAGUCUUAUGUUAGAAACUUUUUACUACGAUGGCCUUGUUUGUCUAUCUGGGUUCAAACAGUUCAAAAGCUGUUACAGUUUUGCUGUGUUUGUAGAGAGGUGUCCAAGCAACUGGCACUUGGGAGUUCAAAAGAUGGUUUGCAGAGGAUUAUUUUUGUACUGAAUAAACAGCUCAAUUUAACA